AUGGGCGAACGUGUGGUGUCUCCUCGACAUUUUGUGAAGUCCCUUCUCUGGCGUUUGCUUGGCUUUCGCGGCCCCCGCAUGCAGUCAAAUCGAAGAAUGACAGGCGGCUCUCUACUUCUCUUGGCGCUCUUCUCUUGCAGUUUUAUCUUUCCUUUUCCUGUCUCGUGCUUAUCCUCUCCUGCCCUGUUUCCUCUGUCUUUGUCCCCCUCGCCUCUUUAUUCUCUCUCGGGUGUCUCUUUCGAGAGUAAAGUUCGUUUUCUACAUCUGCGGACUGGCACGGAGGUCUUCUCUCUUUGCCGACUUCUCCCUUCUGCCUUCUUCUCGUUCUCUUCCUCUCUUUGCCCUUUGUGUUGCUGCUUCUCUUCUGUCUCUCAUAUCCACGAUGGUUUUCUCUCGCACAAUGCACUCUCCGUUUCCGGACUCCCUGUGUCAUUCUCUUUUCCUCGCGUCCAGACGUCCCCCUUUUCUCUCUGGCGAUCCCCCGUCUCUUCUUCUUUCAACGCUGUAACUCCGUCUCCUUUUCUGUCCUCUACAACUCCUUUUUUGUCUUCUUCCAGACGCACUUCUCUCUCCGUGUCUUUAUCUUCGCCUCUGUCUUCUUCUGUCUCGUCUUUUCUGUCUUCGUCACUAUCGCCGUCUCGGUCUCCUUCUCAGCCGUCUCGGUCUCCUUCUCAGCCGUCUUCUUCGGUAUCUUCUCGUCAGGCUCUCUCUGUGCUGAGAAGCCACAGCAGCCGACUGUCGCCAACGCAUGCAAUUGCGGGGCUUGCGUCUCCGGUACGAGUCGCGAAGAAUGCUAAAAAGAAGUCGAAAAAACGUUCAUCUUCAAGUCCGUCAAAACCCAGGAAGAACUCGAAACAAAUAAGAAAACCGAAUCCUCAUCUGCCGCCUCCGCCUCCCGCAGUCCCGACCGCCCGUCGCUCAUCUCCGUCUCCUCUCCGUCCUUCUUCCUCCACUCCUUCUUCUUCCUCUCCUUCUUCUUCCUCUCCUUCUUCUUCCCCUUCUUCUUCGUUUGUGUCUCGGUUGCCGCCACCAUGGUUGCUGGCGGCGCUGCGGCGUUCUCCGGCUUCUGCGAAGAACCUGUUUUCAGAUCUCGUUCCCUCUGCAUGCGCUGCCGCGCCUCUGGGGCUGCCCAUCCCCGCUGCGCUGAGCGUGCUGAAGGGGAGCGCCUUGGUGCGUCUGCCUGCGGGGCGUCUGCGGCCUUCGCUGGUCUCAGGCGUCCGCUUUCUCGGCUCGUUUGGGCUCCCGUCUUUACAGAGGAAAACGAGGGAGAAGCGCGAGAGCGCCAGGUGUGACGGCGAGGCCUGGACAGACGUAGGCGAGGCCUGGACAGGCCUAGGCGAGGUCGACGAGGAGCCCGGAAAACCGAGAAACGACGCCACCCGUUGUACCUCCAAGGGUGCAAGCAGUGGUGCAUUUGGUAGCCACGGAGACACUUUGUCUCCACACGAAACGAGGCGGGAGAGAAAGGCCGCAAAACGCGCACAGGCGGAACAGUGCGAAGGGACCGAAGGCGAUGACGAACGCCCCGAAGGCGUCCAAGUUGUUGACAUCCUGCAGCCCUGUCUCUCGGAAGAUGAAGAAGAGGAACGAGGAGAAAACGAAAACGGAGAAGGAGAAGGAGAAGGAGAAGGAGGAGAAGGAGAAGAAGGCGAAGAAGCGUCUGCGUCUACGGAUUUGACUCGAGUGUCUCUGCGAGCUCGCCUUCUCCAGGAGUUGGCGCUGCCUUCGUUGGGGCUUCCCGAGGUAGCUUUCCUGGGCCGCAGCAACGUGGGCAAGUCCUCGCUGCUGAAUGCGCUGUGUCUGUACACCCAGAAGAAGCAUCGCGGUCGCACUCGCCUCGAGAUGGCGCGCGUCUCUCGACGCCCGGGCAGCACCCGCAGCAUCAACUUGUACGAGGCGUUUGGCGGUUGUGCAUCGGAGGGGAGUCUCGAGAGAAAGGGAAAGCGCAGCCGAACGCGAAAGUCUACAGGGCACACAACGCGAGACAGACAGCUCCCCAGAAAGCAGCAGGGGAAGCACCCCAGUGGGGUGCCUCUGACGGCGACGGGGAACCGAGGGCUGCUGCUUUUUGCGGACUUGCCUGGCUACGGCUUCACGCAGGGCCUGUCUGGAGAAGAGUCGCAGCAGCUGAGCAAAAACGUGAGGCUGUACGUGGAGAAGAGAAACGAACUUCGCCUCUUCAUGAUUCUCGUCGACGGACGCCUUGGCCUUCAAGACCACGACGCUGAGAUGCUCAGAUGGCUCGCGACGCAGAGCGUCCCCACCCUCCUUGUCGUCACCAAAGCAGACUGCCUGGGCGCCAAAGACCUCGAGAAUCUGUUGAAUCAGCUGUCCUUUUAUCCGAAGCUGUUUAGUCUCCCGCCAAUCCUCAAGCGGCUGCAAGGCACUCGCGGGGAACCAGAAGCUGUGCGGAGAUUCAACUUUGUGUCUCCUGCUCUCCUCUCUGCGGCUCGCGUCUCCGAUAAAGGAGACGCUGAGACUCCAGAGGGCGAUGAGGAGCCUGGGAGCGAACGCCCGAAGGCGAAAGAAGAGAAGCCAGGGAAAGCGGGGCGCACAGCAGAGACAACGGAAGCGAACGGCACGGCCGCGGAGACAGCGUCUUUGCAGGACGAAAGGCUGAAGGAAGCGACGGGUGUGUUAGACGGCGGAGAGACGGCGGCGCCGCAGUCGAUGGCAACGGAGAAACGCGUUGGCAUCAUGCAUGGACUGGAAGGAGAAGAAGGACGAAGACUCCGAGAGCGAGAAGAAAGGGAGAAGAGGAAGGACGCGUUGCGGGCACUGCCUGCAAUUGAUGGAUUUCGAGCGCCGGGAAAGCGCGACGUUGACUCUGAAGCCGAAGGGCCGAUCCAAGUUCUCCUCACUUCGGCCGCUACAGGCCAAGGCAUCGCCGAACUCUGGAGAAAAGUAUGCGACGCCUGCAGCGGCGUCCGAACCUCCGAUGAAGACAGCACACUCUCAGAAAGAGACGGAGAGCGAGAAGAAGAGAGAGCGCAUGAGAGUGGGAAGCUUCUGGAUGGCAAGGAAGGGCAGCAGAGGAAGAUUCGGAAGAAAGAAACAAAGAAGGAGCCUUUCUGGGGAUUCGGGAUGUAGCCAGUUUUAUCUCUGGCGUCAAAGGGCGAGAAGGCGCGAGACACUCUCGAUUGACGUUGUUGAAUUGUCGUGCGUCACGACGCCGACUUUGCGUUCUCUUCUUUUUUUCGAGUUUCGUAAUUGCCAGUCCUUUUCAGCGUGGGCGCAAGUGCGGGGUGGGCGCGGCAAUCGCACGUGUAUUUUUUUUUUCAAGUUGUUAACGAGAAGAGACGACGAGGCUUGUCAAGCCAGGAAACGGCGCAACAGGGAAGAAAUGGUGUGUGUCGAGAAGAGGAGGGUGGCUGGAAAGCAGAGAGAGCUGUUUGAGAGUUUUACAAAAACGGCGCGGCGACGAGGAAGCGGAGACGAAGAAGGGUGGAACACAGGAGGAGAUAAGAAAGGGUGAGUUGAUCUCCGUCGUUGUGUUGCUUUAAGGGCAUUACAAUUGAACAAAGGGAGUCCAGUGGACCGGGAGUGCAGAGAGACAGGCAGUGCUUUGCAUCUGGUUUGAAACCAGGUCGGGACAUUUUCCUCAUUCUGCGAGACAACAUUGUUUUUUCUGUCAAGCUUUGGUCACCAAAA